AUGGGACCCCAGGCCAGGGCGGUCUGCUCCAUGUUCAUCCUGCUGCAGGUCCUGGCUGCGCCGGCUGAGAACUCAGACUUCUACCUGGCUGGGGAUUACCUCCUGGGUGGCCUCUUCACCCUCCACGCCAAUGUGAAGGGCAUCGUCCACCUCAACUUCCUGCAGGUGCCCCAGUGCAAGGAGUACGAAAUGAAGGUGCUGGGCUACAACCUCCUGCAGGCCAUGCGCUUUGCGGUGGAGGAAAUCAACAACCAUAGCAGCCUGCUGCCCGGCGUGGUGGAUGUCUGCUACAUCUCCAACAAUGUCCAGCCCGUGCUCUACUUCUUGGCUCAGGAGGACUAUUCCCUGCCCAUCCAGGAGGACUACAGCCACUAUGUGCCCCGGGUAGUGGCCAUCAUUGGCCCUGACAACUCCGAGUCCACCGCAACUGUGGCCCACUUCCUCUCCCUCUUCCUCCUUCCACAGAUCACCUACAGCACCAUCAGUGAUGAGCUGCGGGACAAGCAGCGCUUCCCCGCCCUGCUGCACAUGGUGCCGGGCGCGGAUCACAAGAUCGAGGCCAUGGUGCAGGUCAUGCUCCACUUCUGCUGGAACUGGAUCAUCGUGCUGGUGAGCGGCGACGACUAUGGACGCUACAACAGCCAACUGCUCAACGAGUGCCUGACCACCCGCGACAUCUGCAUCGCCUUCCAGGAGACGCUGCCCACGCCACAGCCCAGCCAGGACGUGACCCAGUGGGAGCGCCAACGCCUGGAGGCCAUCGUGGACAAGCUACAGCAGAGCUCGGCGUGCAUUGUGGUCCUGUUCUCGCCCGACCUGGUCCUGCACAACUUCUUCCAUGAGAUGCUCCACCAGAACUUCACGGGCGCCGUGUGGAUCGCCUCUGAGUCCUGGGCCAUCGACCCGGUCCUGCACAACCUCACCGAGCUGCGUAACACGGGCACCUUCCUGGGCAUCACCACCCAGAGCGUGCCCAUCCUGGGCUUCAGCGAGUUCUGCAUGCCCGCCCAGGCCGGGCAAACUGCGCCCAACAGGACCAGCCUGGGGGCCACCUGCAACCAGGAUUGCGACACCUGCCAGGACACCACCGCGUCCUUCAACACCAUCCUCACGCUCUCUGGUGAGUGCGUGGUCUACAGCGUGUACUCAGCUGUCUAUGCCGUGGCCCAUGCAUUACCCAGCCUCCUGCGCUGCACCCAGACCACCUGCUCCAAGAGGGUGGUCUACCCCUGGCAGCUACUUCAGGAAAUCUGGAAGGUCAACUUCACCCUCCUGGGCCAUGAAAUCUUUUUUGACAAGCAAGGGGACCUGCUCAUGAGCCUGGAGGUCAUCCAGUGGCGAUGGGACCUGAGCCAGAACCCGUUCCAGAGCAUCACCUCCUACUACCCCGCGCUGCGGCGGCUGAAGACCACCCACAACGUCUCCUGGCACUCCGCCAACAACACGGUCAGCUCCCGCAUGGCUGCCGGGGGGCCGGGGCCUGGAGCUGGGCGGCCCGUUCGGGCUGGGGCGGCCCCGGGCGCUUCGGGCCCGAGAUCCGUCAUCGACAGCCGGUGGAGGCUCUAUUUGUGGGGGGCGUGUCUGGGCCCUGUCCCUCCCAGUGACUAA